CGCGCAACACGGGUACACACGCUCGUGCUGCAGGGGCUGACACAACCCAUCCAGCCAACACCAAGGCAGCAGAAAGCCCUUGGACACACUGCACAUGACGGGAGGGAGACACGUGCUGACACAGGGAAGGCCGCAGCGGGGUUAGACCAAGUCAAAUUAGCCCACAACCGUCAAUGAGUGAGUCCGUGAUGCCUCCUAAAGGGCUCGGAAAGGCGGUCAGCAAGAAGUGUCCCGACUGCAAGAAACAGGUUCCUGUGGCCACAAAGCAUUGCCAUUGUGGACAUCAGUUCUUUGAGGAGCGCAGGAGAUCCACUGCAUCCAACGCCUCAGAAAUAGAAGAAUUGGAGGAAGGCGUGCAAAAGGACAUGAAGCCCAGCCGGGGGGCUGCCUCAUCCAGUGCAGGUGGUGGGGCAGUGGGUAUUGGAGCUGGGGGUGGCAAGACAGAGCUUGGGUCACCUGCUCCUGAGGGAAAGCGACGCAGUGAGAGAGUCAAGAGAGAGAAACCAAACUUCUAUGAUGCUUUGGAAUAUGAAAAUCAGAUGAGAAAGGCUCGCAAGGAGAGGCAGAAGGAGGAUCCCCCACACCCCACUGGCCGCGUGAAGAGGGAACGCAAGGUGAAAAACAACUCAGAACCAGAAGAGGAAGAAGAGGAGGAACCUGUGAAGGAGAAGAAAAAGAAGAAGAAGAAGAAGAACAAUAAUAAUGGGGAGAAGAAGGAGGAGGACUUGGAUGAAGACAUCAUGACUGGUAUCAGCCCUGAGAAAGAAAGGCAAUACUCCAUCGUCCUCUCUGACAUCAACUUCAAGCUUGGGCUCAACAACCCUAAAUUCAUCAAGAUAUAAAGCCUCUCAAGUUUCCAUAAUCCUUCAAUACGAAUAUGUCUGCUGCUUCAUGUGUACAUUUUUAUCAAGUUGCUAUAGUGGAACCUCUCGCUGUAUUCACUUUGGUAUAGACCUCAUUCAUGCACUUAUUUCCAUUUAUCUGCAUCCUAGUAUUUGAUAGUUGCUGAACUUAUUACUAUAAUGAGAUAUAAAGUAAGUCUUCGCCAUUAAGUACGCAUCACCAUGACCCAUAAUUGCAAUGUCGUUUCAUCAUCCAUUACCCAUUGUAAAUACAUACACGACUCCCCCAACACUUUUAUGUUUAGAGCUUACUGGUGAAGGUAAAGGUAGGUGUGUGCUGCAGGUAUUGUGGCUGCUGCUUCAUCCCAAAUAGUUUUUAUUUUUUUAAAUAUUUACAUCAUCUCUGCGCUGUAUUUAUAAAAGUAUUUGAAUUUAAUGUAGUGCAGAAUUAUUGAUGACUUUGACUUCAGAUUUCUGGUAAGCAAUCAGAUAACUUAAGUAAUAGUACUUAGUUAGGAAGCAGUUCUUAGUACUGCUGCAAACCAUCUAUGGAUAAGAAAAACUAGUACAAAUGAGUCAAAAUAUAAAGAUACUGUUAUUCUUACGUACGUAGAAUGAAUAAAGGAUAAGUGUG